CUUUUUUCUUCUUCUUUCUCUCUCCUUUCUUUCUUUCUUCUUCUUCACAAAAUCACAACCCCCUUUUUUUUUUCUCUGGGAAAUUAUUUUGAAAUCUCAGUUUUAGCAGAUUUUAUUACAUUUUUGGGUUUAUUUUUCUGCUGAAAAGAAGAAAGAAAUACAAAAAAAGAUUCUUUUUCUUAUUGAAGGAAAGUUGGAGUGUAAAGAAUAGAGAGAAACAUUGUUUAGUGGAACUGGGUUAUAAUUUGAUUUGGGAGGAGAGAGAUUUCCAGAUCGAAAAGCAACCAGGGUACCUUGAUCCGAAUUAAAGCAAAAUGGCUGCAUCAGUUAGUUUUGCUGUCGGAUCUCUUGUUUGGAUUGAGGACCCUGAUGAAGCUUGGCUUGAUGGUGAAGUGGUUGAGACUAAUGGCGAGAAUUUAAAGGUUCUUUGCACUUCUGGAAAAACGGUUUUAGUUCAUGCAUCAAAUGUGUACCCUAAGGACCCCGAAGCCCCCCAGUGUGGGGUGGAUGACAUGACAAAGCUGGCUUAUUUACAUGAACCUGGGGUAUUGCAGAACUUGAAAUCUAGAUACGACAUCAAUGAAAUAUAUACUUAUACUGGAAACAUUUUGAUAGCUGUAAAUCCUUUCAGAAGACUGCCUCAUUUGUAUGACAUACAUAUGAUGGAACAAUAUAAGGGGGCGGGUUUCGGAGAGCUUAGUCCACAUCCUUUUGCAAUUGCAGACGCUUCCUACCGACUUAUGAUGAAUGAAGGUAUCAGUCAGUCAAUUCUGGUCAGUGGGGAAAGUGGGGCAGGUAAAACAGAAAGCACGAAAUUACUUAUGCGUUAUCUUGCUUAUAUGGGUGGUCGAGCAGCUUCAGAGGGAAGAAGUAUUGAACAGAAAGUUCUGGAGUCUAAUCCUGUUCUGGAAGCUUUUGGCAAUGCCAAGACUGUCAGAAAUAACAACUCCAGUCGCUUUGGGAAGUUUGUGGAGCUUCAAUUUGACACGAAGGGAAGGAUAUCUGGAGCGGCAAUAAGAACAUAUUUAUUGGAAAGAUCACGAGUGUGUCAAUUAUCUGACCCGGAGAGAAAUUAUCAUUGUUUCUACAUGCUUUGUGCCGCACCAACAGAGGUUGUUCAAAGAUACAAGCUUGGAAAUCCGAGAACUUUUCAUUAUCUGAAUCAAUCUAAUUGUAUUGAGUUGGAAGGGCUUGAUGAUGGCAAAGAGUACCUUGCAACCAGAAAGGCAAUGGAUGUUGUUGGAAUUAGUCCUGAAGAGCAGGAUGCAAUUUUCCGGGUUGUGGCAGCUGUUCUUCAUUUAGGGAACAUUGAAUUUACAAAGGGGAAGGAAAUGGACUCAUCUCAGCCCAAAGAUGAGAAAUCCUGGUUUCAUCUGCAAACGGCUGCUGAGCUUUUCAUGUGUGAUCCAAAGGCAUUAGAAGAUUCUCUUUGUAAACGUAUAAUGGUUACUCGUGAUGAAACCAUCACCAAAUCUUUGGAUCCAGAGUCUGCUACCCUAAGUAGAGAUGCCUUGGCUAAAAUUGUAUACUCUAGGCUGUUUGACUGGCUUGUUGAUAAUAUUAACACUUCAAUUGGUCAAGAUCCUGAUUCAAAGUUCAUAAUUGGAGUGCUGGAUAUCUAUGGAUUUGAGAGUUUCAAGACAAACAGUUUUGAGCAAUUUUGCAUUAAUUUAACAAAUGAGAAGCUUCAGCAACACUUUAACCAGCAUGUCUUCAAGAUGGAACAGGAGGAGUAUGAAAAAGAAGAAAUUAAUUGGAGCUACAUUGAAUUUAUUGAUAAUCAAGAUAUUCUGGAUCUCAUUGAAAAGAAACCUGGUGGAAUCAUAUCUCUUCUGGAUGAAGCUUGCAUGUUCCCAAGAUCAACACAUGAAACAUUUGCCCAAAAGCUGUACCAGACGUUUAAAAACCACAAGCGUUUCACCAAGCCUAAAUUAGCUCGCAGCGAUUUUACCAUCUGCCACUAUGCUGGUGAUGUUACUUAUCAGACUGAACUGUUUCUGGAUAAGAAUAAAGACUAUGUUGUUGCUGAACACCAAGCGCUUUUGAGUGCUUCCAAAUGUUCCUUUGUAGCAAAUCUAUUUCCUCCUUUGCCCGAGGAUUCUUCUAAGUCAUCAAAGUUUUCAUCAAUAGGUACUCGCUUUAAGCAACAAUUGGUAUCGCUUCUUGAAACGCUGAGUGCAACUGAACCACAUUACAUACGCUGUGUGAAGCCAAAUAAUGUUCUUAAGCCAGCUAUUUUUGAGAAUCAGAAUGUCCUUCAACAGUUACGCUGUGGGGGAGUCUUGGAGGCUAUUAGGAUAAGUUGUGCUGGAUACCCUACUAGAAAACCCUUUUUUGAGUUUCUGGAUCGCUUCCGGAUUCUUGCACCGGAAGUCUUAGAUGGAAGCUCUGAUGAAGUGGCAGCGUGUAAGAGGCUUCUUGAAAAAGUGGGACUUGAAGGCUAUCAGAUUGGAAAGACAAAAGUUUUUCUCAGGGCUGGUCAGAUGGCUGAUCUGGAUGCUCGAAGAAGUGAGGUGUUAGGACGAUCAGCAAGUAUCAUUCAGAGAAAGAUACGUUCCUUUCUGGCCCGCAGAAGCUUCUUUUCUCUUCGUCGUUCAGCAAUACACAUACAAGCUCUAUGUAGAGGACAACUUACUCGUCAUGUGUUUGAGGGCAUGAGGCAAGAAACUGCAUCUUUGAAAAUCCAAACAGCUUUGCGGAUGCAUCUCGCAAGAAAAGUGUACAGGGAUGUAUGGUGCUCUUCUAUAUCCGUUCAAAGUGGUAUGCGUGGUAUGGCUGCUCGCAGUGAGAUCCGUUUCAGAAGACAAACUAAAGCUGCAAUAAUUAUUCAGAGCCACUGCCGCAAAUUCUUAGCUCGUGUGUGGUACUUGCGAUUGAAGAAGGCAGUGAUAAGCACCCAAUGUGCAUGGAGAUGUAAAGUUGCUCAUAAAGAAUUACGAAAACUCAAGAUGGCUGCACGGGAGACAGGUGCUCUCCAAGCUGCUAAAAAUAAACUGGAAAAGCAGGUUGAGGAGCUUACUUGGCGCUUGCAACUGGAGAAACGUAUGAGGGCUGAUCUAGAAGAAGCAAAAACACAAGAAAAUGCAAAGCUAAAAGCCACAUUACAGGAGAUGGAGCUUCAAUUUAAGGAAAGCAAGGAGUUGAUUUUUAAGGAGCGUGAGGCUGCAAAGAAAGUAGUUGAACAUAUACCUGUGAUACAAGAGGUGCCAGUUGUUGACAGUGUUGUAGUUGAUAAACUUACUGCUGAAAAUGAGAAACUCAAGGCCUUAGUCAGCUCGCUGGAGAUGAAAAUCGAUGAGACAGAGAAAAAAUUUGAAGAAACUAGUAAACUGAGUGAAGAACGUUUGAAGCAGGCACUGGAUGCAGAAUCAAGAAUGAUAAAACUGAAGACAGACAUGCAAAGGCUUGAAGAGAAAAUAUUUGACAUGGAAUCAGAAAAUAAGAUCCUUAGGAAGCAGUCAUUGUUAACGGCACCUGUUAGCUUUGCUUCAGAAAUUACUCCAGUAUCUGCGUCUCAGAAAUUGCCAAAUGGUCACCUAGUCACUGAAGAUUCUGGAGAACAACAAAGUGCAACUCCAGUCAAGAAAUUAGAUUUUGAAUCUGAAAACAGGAGUGGACGAUCCCACAUAGAACGUCAACAUGAGAAUGUUGAUGCUCUUAUACACUGUGUGACAAAAAAUAUUGGCUUUAGUCAGGGAAAGCCUGUGGCAGCAUUUACAAUUUACAAGUGUCUCCUCCAUUGGAAAUCAUUUGAAGCAGAGAGGACUAGUGUGUUUGAUCGCCUCAUCCAGAUGAUUGGUUCUGCCAUUGAGAAUCAAGAUGAUAAUAAUGAGCAUAUGGCUUAUUGGCUAUCAAAUACAUCAGCUUUGCUAUUCCUUCUGCAACGAAGCCUUAAAGGGUCUGGUGCUACUGGUGGUACAACACAUCGCAAACCUCCACCCCCUACAUCUCUCUUUGGGAGGAUGACAAUGGGUUUCCGUUCCUCUCCUUCCUCCAAUAGUAUUGUUGCGGCAGCAGCUCUUGAUACUGUUCGCCAAGUGGAGGCCAAAUACCCAGCUUUGCUUUUCAAGCAGCAGCUCACUGCUUAUGUGGAGAAAAUCUAUGGCAUUAUUCGUGACAACUUGAAGAGGGAGCUCUCGUCGUUGCUUUCCUUGUGCAUCCAGGCACCUAGAACAUCAAAGGCAGGUUCCCUAAGAUCAGGUCGAUCCUUUGGGAAAGAGUCUGCUAUAAGUCACUGGCAGGGCAUCAUUGAGUGCCUCAACUCACUUCUCGAAAUGUUGAAAGAAAAUUUUGUGCCUCCAGUUCUCUGUCAGAAAAUCUUUACGCAGAUAUUCUCGUAUAUCAACGUACAACUCUUCAACAGUCUCUUACUACGCCGUGAGUGCUGCACUUUUAGUAAUGGGGAAUAUGUGAAAGCUGGAUUAGCAGAGCUGGAACUCUGGUGUGCCCAAGCAAAGGAAGAGUAUGCAGGUUCAUCCUGGGAUGAACUUAAACACAUAAGGCAAGCUGUUGGGUUCCUGGUUAUACAUCAAAAAUACAGGAUCUCUUAUGAUGAAAUAACUAAUGAUCUGUGCCCUGUGUUGAGUGUCCAGCAACUGUACAGAAUAUGUACCCUGUAUUGGGACGACAACUAUAAUACUCGAAGUGUAUCUCCAGACGUUAUUGGGAGCAUGAGAGUCCUAAUGACUGAGGACUCCAACAAUGCCGAUGGCAAUUCCUUUUUGUUAGAUGAUAGUUCCAGCAUUCCCUUCUCAGUCGAUGACAUCUCAGGGUCGCUACAAUCAAAAGAUUUUGUAGACGUAAGACCAGCUGAGGAGCUUCUUGAGAACCUGGACUUCCAGUUUUUACAUGAGUGAGGUUCCAGUUUUUCUACAUCUAUUUUGGCACGUAAAGUAACGGGUGCAACCAUUUUAUUUAUUUGUUUGGAGUCUCAGCAAGCUUGGUGUUAGAUUUAAUUUUAUUCUUUCACACCAUCAUAUAUCUGUAAAUGUGCUCAUAGUGUAGAAGGGGUUAAACUCAUAAAUUUGUAUUUUUCUCCCUUUUUAGUCUUUUUUGUCAAUUCAUUUCUUUGCCUCCCGAUAUCUAUUAGUAGAGGGGGUAAGGUUGUUUUGUUAUUUUGUUUAUGGAAACUAGGGUCAUAGCCAGGUGGUUGAAGUUUUACUCUCUAAAUUUUCUUUCUUUGUACAAAGCGACGAUGUGUAUGAUGAAAAUUAUGCAAUUGUAAUGACAAAUAUUAAGCAAUGAAUAUGGUUCUAUCAGUUUUGCUCUAAA